ACCAGGAACCCCAUUAGGGCGUGGUAGUCUGUUUCGUCUCAAUCUCAAACCAAUUUUUAUUUUUUUUCAAGUUAAAAGAAAAACCCGUCUAUCUGAUCUCCGAUAUUAUUAUUAUAGAUAUUUUCUAUAUUUUUCAGAUACAAGAAGCCAUGACCAGCAGCUCGGCCGGCUCUCGCAAGGCACUAAGUAAGAUUGCUUGCAAUCGCCUUCAGAAAGAGCUUGUAGAAUGGCAGGUCAACCCUCCUUCUGGUUUCAAACACAAAGUCACUGAUAAUCUGCAGAGGUGGGUUAUUGAAGUGAAUGGAGCUCAAGGAACUCUUUAUGCAAAUGAAACUUACCAACUUCAGGUUGAUUUUCCUGAGCAUUACCCUAUGGAAGCCCCUCAGGUUAUUUUUCUACAUCCAGCUCCACUUCAUCCUCAUAUUUACAGCAAUGGUCAUAUUUGUUUAGAUAUCCUGUAUGAUUCAUGGUCUCCAGCCAUGACUGUUAGCUCAAUUUGUAUCAGCAUUCUCUCCAUGCUAUCAAGCUCAACCGAGAAGCAACGUCCCGAAGAUAAUGACCGUUAUGUUAAGAACUGCAGAAACGGCCGAUCUCCCAAGGAGACCAGAUGGUGGUUCCAUGAUGACAAAGUGUGAUCAGCAAGCAUCCUUCUCACCCUGGUAGUGUUAUAGAGUAGCUCAGUUCCCUUUCGAAAGGAUAAUGAAAGUGAAAGAAAAAAGAAGCAUUCCAAGAAUGCUAUCUAGACUGCAUGCUAAAUAACUCCUGUAAAUGGCAGUCUGGUAUUUGUAAAGGAAGAGUAACUAUUUUGUGUUUUUAGAACUGUGCAAGGUAAAAACUUGCUCAAGUAUUUGUGGCAACCCUGGUGAGAGCUGCUCGGUGCAUUCUUAGACCAAAGUCUUUCUAACAUUAUGUAAUUAAUCUCAUGGCGGAAGUCUCUGCUUAUGAUUUGGCAGUAUGUUUGACGGAUUAUUCCUAAUUUCAGUACUGUUUAUUCUAACAA